CUCCAGCCUGUAUACGUGCGCGUUCUCGGGUGAGCUGGGAACAAGUAGAGGACGACAAGGCUUCGCCGAGGGCUUUGCUCCAAACCGUCUCUGCCUCUGAAAACAGGCCCGAUUUUUACACUGUCGCGCAGUUAAAAGCAUCUAACCAUGAGAAGGAAGCUGUUAGGCGUGAUUCUCGCCGUUUGUAUCGGUUGGUUCCGAGCCGAGGCUCUGACAGCGGGCUUCAUAAAAUCGCCCUUGUCUCAGAUGAAACUCAUAGAAGACAAUGCCGAGUUGGAUUGCGAGGUCAUAGGGAACCCCAUCCCUGAAGUUCAGUGGUGGUUCAUUGAGGGUGAAGAGCCGAUUGAAACGGUCACUCAGCUGUUCGACGGCGCGAGAGAAGAUCGCGUGCACAUCAACGCCACCUAUAUCAACCACGCUACCAGCACGCUCGUCCUCACCAACCUAACACUCAACGACACGGGUGUUUAUGAGUGCCGUGCCUCAAAUGACCCCGACCGCAAUGACCUCAGGACCCCCCCCAAAGUCAAGUGGAUUCGCUCACAAGCGAACGUUAUAGUGUUUGAACAUGCAGCCAUCACAACCAGACCAGAGAUGGUGAGCGAUCAGAACCAGACUGCUGCAACACUCACCUGCAACCUCACCAACACUGAUUUUACCAUCAAGGGCUACUAUUGGACCCAUAAUGGCAAGAUCAUUGACAAAUCAAAGUCAAGCGUUGGAAAAGCUUACAUUGAACACGAAAUUGCAAAGAUUGAUUACCACUCUUCUGGGCUAUAUUCCUGCGUCUUCCAAACUGAACCUGAGGUUAAUGCCACCAUCGAAGUUAAAGUCACCCCACAUGUUGUGGCCUACAAACACUCUGAAAAUGCUAACGAGAAAGACAAGGCUGUCCUAAUAUGUGUGAGCCACGGAUACCCCCUGCCAACUGACUGGGAAUGGUAUAAGCUGAGUGAAACUGAUGCAGCUAAAAAGAUUCCCAUUGUCAAUGGCACUGAUGACAAGUAUGAGAUCAAGAACACCCCCAACAAGACCACGCUGUACGUGAAAAAUCUGGAAAUCGACAAGGACAUGGGCAUAUACCUGUGCAUGGGCACCAAUGACAUAGGUUCAGGCGACGAUAAAAUUCAGCUGCGUGUGCGUAGCCAGCUGGCCGCCCUCUGGCCUUUCCUCGGCAUUGUCGCCGAGGUCAUUAUCCUCAUCACUGUCAUCUUCAUCUACGAGAAGAGGAGAAAGCCAGACGAGAUCAACGACGAUGACGACUCAGGAGCUGCACCACUGAAAAGCAACGCUGCUACAAACCACAAAGACAAAAAUGUCCGGCAAAGGAACUCUAACUAAGAAAGGAGAAAAGGUGUCCUGAUGACUACUGUUGAAGAGAUGGAGAACCGAGCAGCACACUAUAGUGCACCCUGCGAGUUGUUAACCUUCUGCUUGAGUGUAAAUGUCUUGAGAUAAUAAUUGGUCUCCUUUUAUUCCUAUCCAUAUUGUGCUGCCAGCUGACGUUUUUAAAAAUGUUUUUUUUUUUUUGGGAGGGGGAAGGGGGAAACUGCAUGAUUGUAUUCUUGCUGUAGAAGUGUGUGUAUUUAGUGAAUCUCUUAAUGUGGAAAGGAUUUUUUUUUUUUUUUUCUUGGUUUCUUUAACCGUUCCGAAAACAUUUGCAACUUUCCGAAACAUUUACAGACUGUAACUGAAUCACUGUUCAGCCGCAUGAGAAUUUAACCAUGUUCGAUGUAUACAAAAUAGAUCGCUGAAUCAAGUUUCUAUCACAGCAGUCAUUUUCCUGUUUUUUUUUUUUUUUUUUUUUUUAAAGCCUUAAUGUUUAGCCACUUUAUUGUACUUGCUAGUUUUAAUUAUUGAAAUAAUUAACAACUUUUAUGUGCACUACUCAUGCACAUUAAAGUACACUAUUCCAUGUGGAUGGUCAAAUGCCAGGCUAACAAUUUUCUGUUUAAUAAUGUAAAACAAGCUUAUUUUUAAAGUUGAUAAUAUAGUUUCUAACGUUGAUUUUUAGGACUCCUCCGCCUAACCCUUAAGGACCAAGCGCUAGUACAGUGUGUUCGCAUAAUCCGUUAUAACCCGUUUCCUAAAUUCUAACAUGGAGGACAAUAUGGUUAUAAAUGUUAGGUAAAGUCAGUGACAAAGGGGUUUUCGUGAAGGUUUCUGCUUUAAAUGAUACUCUCCUAUAGACCGUCAUACUUGCAUUGUAAUACAUUGUGAAGUAUAGUGUCUGGAUGUGUGCCAUUUUUCCGAGUUAAAAGAUGUGUAAACUUUAAGACCUUGCUAGAAGUGUUUAAAUUAUUUUGCCUUAGCUUAAUAGGAAAUCUAAUACACCAUCGGCUGUACUGACUUGCACAAUCUAAAUAAAAUUAUUUGAUUUUAA